CAGGACCCAGUGUUCCCAGAGAGGACCUGAAGCAGCUCUGUGGUCUUCAUCAGGACCCAGUGUUCCCAGAGCGGACCUGAAGCAGCUCUGUGGUCUUCAUCAGGACCCAGUGUCCCCAGAGCGGACCUGAAGCAGCUCUGUGGUCUUCAUCAGGACCCAGUGUUCCCAGAGAGGACCUGAAGCAGCUCUGUGGUCUUCUCAGUGUUUCCAGCUUAAAAGCAGAGACCCAGCCGGAGAAGGAGAACUGGGAGCAUUAUGGAGGAGAACAAGGAGACCCCUGGAGCUCAGAAACCAAAAGGAAGAGAGAGAUGUCACAGCUGUCAGCAAUGUGACAAAUCCUUUACAACAUCUGGAAAUUUAAAGAGCCACCUGCUUAUUCACACAGGAGAAAAACCGUAUAGCUGUGAAGAGUGUGGGAAAACUUUCACUACAUCAGGUGCUCUCAAAACACAUCAACGUAUUCAUACUGGAGAAAAACCAUACAGCUGUGAAGAGUGUGGGUCAACUUUCACUAAAUCAGAUGCUCUCAAAACACAUCACCGUAUUCAUACUGGAGAAAAACCUUACAGCUGUGAAGAGUGUGGGACAACUUUCACUAGAUCAGAUGCUCUCAAAUCACAUCAACGUAUUCAUACUGGAGAAAAACCAUACAGCUGUGAAGAGUGUGGGACAACUUUCACUAGAUCAGAUGCUCUCACAUCACAUCAAUGUAUUCAUACUGGUGAAAAACCGUACAGCUGUGAAGAGUGUGGGAAAACGUUCACUCAAUCAGGUAAUCUCAAAAGACAUCACCGUAUUCACACUGGAGAAAAACCGUACUGGUGUGAAGAGUGUGGGAAAACGUUCACGAGAUCAAGUCAUCUCAAAAAACAUCACCUUAUUCACACUGGAGAAAAACCUUACAGCUGUGAAGAGUGUGGGAAAACGUUCACUACAUCAGAUGCUCUCGCAUCACAUCACCGUAUUCAUACUGGAGAAAAACCGUACUGGUGUGAAGAGUGUGGGACAACUUUCACUCAAUCAGGUGGUCUCAUAACACAUCAACGUAUUCAUACUGGUGAAAAACCGUACAGCUGUGAAGAGUGUGGGAAAACAUUCACUACAUCAAGUGCUCUCAAAAAACAUCACCGUAUUCACACUGGAGAAAAACCGUACUGGUGUGAAGAGUGUGGGAAAACUUUCACUCAAUCAGGUGCUCUCAAAUCACAUCUUCGUGUUCACACACUCUUAAAACCGUACUGGUGUGAAGAGUGUGGGAAAACUUUCACUCAAUCAGGUGCUCUCAAAUCACAUCUUCCUGUUCACACACUCUUAAAACCAUAGUGGUGUUAAGAGUGUGGGAAAACUUUUUCUUAAAGUAUUCACCUUAAAGUCCAUGAGCGAGUUUCACUGUUCAUUAAUCUGCCGAGUAGUUUCUCCAAUAAUCUGUUUGUUUAAUAAAAUGUUGUGACUUUAAA